UUCAAGGAUUUUAUCUAUGGCAUGACAGUGGCCGCUCGGCGAUCCCAGGCGGUCUCAAAAUAAAGAGAAAAAAAAAAAAAAAAAACGUCGAGCAUGAUCAUUAAUGGGGAUUUCAAAAAUGAUACCCGUAUCCCAUGUUGUAAAUAUGCAGAGGGCUCCUUUCCCUGUGUCUAUGUUUGGGUGUUACUAUCUUUGGGUACAUCAUGUCUCUCUUUCUUCUUCUCCCCUCGUCAGUCUCUGUUGGUUGGACAGUUUACAGCAUGCUUUAUUAAUUGCCAUGGCAUUUUUUGCUGUAUAGGAAUAUUACCAAGGGAUAGUUUUCUUCUAUUGUGUGGUAAUUCUGGAGGAAAAGAAAUAAUUAUGUUUCUCAACUGUUUUGUAUCAUGGGCUACUGGCCAAUUACUGUACAGCUUCAGCUUAUGAGUGUGUCUAUAUUCCAUCAAAUGCAAAGUGUAUGUGAAUAGAGCUCUACAUAAUCCAAUAUCCCUAUACUUCCAGGGGUACAGUCCUUUAGAUCAUCGCGGUUCCGCGUGGACGCGUUGAUUGAGAUGGACCUCAACUUUUGACUUUCCAUACUCUACUCUGUAUUGUCCUGACUUUUCAUAUUUUCAUGGCUUUGAUGAUAAUACUACUCCCCUCACUAAUAAAUGUGAGC